AUGGUUUUUUACACUUCAACCGAAGGAAAUAAAAUAAAUGAUUAUGUUAUAACUAGAUCAGUAAGUACUAAAAGAGUGUAUACUACUACGAAUAUAUCAGAAGGAAAUAUAAAAAAUAAGAAGGAGGAGAAUAGUAACAGCGAAGAGGGAGAAGGAAAAGAAGAAGUAUUACAUAAAAAAAAUAUUGAAAAUAAUUUGCAAAAUCUUAAAGAUGAUUUAAGUAAUUCUCUUGAUUUUGGUUUAUUUAUAAAACUAAAAGAUUUGAAUAGUAUCCAAAAUAAUAACAUACAUGAAAUUAAUGAAUUAUUGAAAAAGGAAAAACAAGAGAAAAAAAAGAAAUACUGUAGUGAAGUGAAAGCUGUUACUAAUAAAAAGAAAGAAGAAAUUAUUAUAAAGAAAAAAUAUAAUAUUAAAAAAAAGAAAGAAAAAGAAACUGAAUCAUACGGACAAAGUGAUCUAGUAUUGGACACGUGUGAAAAAGCGUGGAAUAAGGAAAGGAAACAUAGCAAAAGGGAUAGCAUUUGUAAUAAUAUAGACUGUAGUGGUGGCAAUAUCGGUGGUAAUAGUAAUAACUUAGGCGGAAGCAGUAAUAGUAAUAACAUAGCUAGUAGUAGUAAUAGUAAUAACUUAGGUGGAAGCAGUAAUAGUAAUAACAUAGCUAGUAGUAGUAAUAGUAAUAGUAAUAACUUAGGUGGAAGCAGUAAUAGUAAUAACAUCAGUAACAGUAGUAAUAUUAAUAACAUCAGUAGUAGUACUAGUAAUAACAUUAGUAGUAGUAUUAAUAAUAAAAUCAAUAGUAGUACUAAUAAUAAAAUCAAUAGUAGUACUAAUAAUAAAAUCAAUAGUAGUAAUAGUAAUAACAUCAGUAGUAGUACUAGUAAUAACAUUAGUAGUAGUAUUAAUAAUAAAAUCAAUAGUAGUACUAAUAAUAAAAUCAAUAGUAGUAAUAGUAAUAACAUCAGUAGUAGUAAUAGUAAUAACAUAGCUAGUAGUAGUAAUAGUAAUAACAUAGCUAGUAGUAGUAAUAGUAAUAACAUAGCUAAUAGUAGUAAUAGUAAUAACAACAGUAAUAUUUGCGGCAAUAUCAGUGGUAAUAUAAGUGGCAAUAACGGAAGUAACAUUUGCUAUAGUAAGAAGAAGAGGAAGAGGAGGGAGAAAGAAGAUACAGAUUUCGUAGUUGCAAAAGAAGGAAGGAAAGAAUUAAAAAUGAACUAUAACAUUAAUAAUAAAGAGAAAGAAAUAAUAGUUAGAGAAGAAGAUGAUAAAAUAAACGAUUACAAUAAUAAUACUAUUAGUGAGUUUGAUCAUAUAGAAAUAAUUAAUAAUAUUAGGGAUGUCGAAAAAAAUGAACAAAUAGAAGAACAAAUAAAGGAGCUCGAGGAGCUUGAAAAUUUAGAAAGAAAAAGAGAAGGUGGAAAGAUAAGUGAAAGUAACAACAGUAAUAAUAAAAAUAGUAGUUAUAGUAAUAAUAACAACUGUAAUAAUAAUUAUUAUUAUAAUAGUAGUAACAAUAAUUAUAAUAGUAAUAGCAAUAAGUAUAAUAGUAGUAACAUUAAUUAUAAUAGUAGUAACAAUAAGUAUAAUAGUAGUAAUUACAAUAAUAAUUAUAGUAAUAGUAAUGGUUAUUACAAAAUAAAGAAAGAAGAGGAAAAAAAAUAUAAAAGAAUUGAAAAAGUGAUCAGUAUAAAUAACAAUGACAAAGAAUAUUAUAAUGAUCAUCAUCAUGACUUACGUUUAACAAGCAAUAAAGAAAAUAUCGAAAUACUUAAUGAAUCAAUUGAACAACUUCACAGGGAUAUAGAGGAAGAGGAGGGGAAGUCACAUAUGGUCGACAAUGUUUAUAACAACAUAAUUCCAUGUGAAGAUAGAAGUAAUAAUUAUAAUAAUAUUAAUCAUAACAGUAGCAACUAUAAUAGUAGUAAUUAUAACCAUUGCAGUAAUAAUAACAGCAGCAAUAAUUACAGCAGCAAUAAUUACAGCAGCAAUAAUAAAAGCAGCAAUAAUAAAAGCAUCAGUAAUAAAAGCAUCAAUAAUAAAAGCAUCAAUAAUAAAAGCAUCAAUAAUAAAAGCAUCAAUAAUAAAAGCAUCAAUAAUAAAAGCAUCAAUAAUAAAAGCAGCAAUAAUUAUAGCAGCAAUAAUUAUAGCAGCAAUAAUUACAGCAGCAAUAACAACAACAGCAAUAACAACAACAUCAAUAACAACAGCAGUAGUAACCAUAAUAUUAAGGGGGGUAGGGUUCUACGAAAUCUGAACAAAUCCAGUGUUAUAAGUGAAAAAAGGGCAAGUACAAAUAAAAUAAUUAAAAGUUAUUCAACGAAACAAGUGACGCCAAAUAAUGUAGGGGUACUUGGUAGAAGAAGGAGAAAACAUUCAGAUUUGACCACUGUAGAAAACGAAAAUAUUAAUAGAGUUAGUAAUACAACUACAGCUGGAACUACAGGUACCAUUACAAAUAACCAUGGUAGCAGUUGUAACAAGAAUAUUACGAGUAGUAGGAGUAGCAAUAAUAAUAAUACCAUUGACAAUAACUACUUGAAUAACACAAUCAAUGAUAAUAACAACAGUGAUAACAUUGAAAGCAAUAACACUGAAGAGGAGAACAAGAGUGUACAUUGUUAUAACAAUUAUAAAAAUUAUAAUAAUUAUGGUAAUUACAAUAGUAGUGGAAACAACAACAGUAGGAGUAAUUUUGAUAAUUAUAAGGAAAAUUUUGCUAAUCAGAAAAAUAAUGAUUACAACAUUUAUAAUAAUUAUAAUGGAAAUAUUAACAAUGGUAAUGCAAAAAAUAACAACACGAAUGAGAAUAAUAGCUACGAUGAUGCUAAUAAUAACAACACGAAUGAGAAUAAUAGGUACGAUAAUGCUAAUAGUAGCCAUGAUAAUGCUAAUAGUAGCUAUGAUAAUGCUAAUAAUAGGUACGAUAAUGCUAAUAAUAGGUACGAUAAUGCUAAUAGUAGCUACGAUAAUGCUAAUAGUAGCUACGAUAAUGCUAAUAGUAGCUACGAUAAUGCUAAUAGUAACUACGAUAAUGCUAAAAUCAACAACAGCGCUGAUGUAAACGAGGGGAGUGUGUAUAAAUUAUUAACUACGUGUGUAAAAACAAACGAAAAGAUGGUAAAUGGAAAAGGUACUGCAAAAUUAAAAGGCAACAGAGGUAAAAAGCACAGAAAAGCAUUUAACAAAAUUAAUGUUAAUGCGAAUAUUUUAAAAAGUAUAAAUAAAAAUAGUAACGCAAAAUAUGGAAAUACAACAAAUGUUAAUACCUAUGUUACACACAAUAAUGAAAGAAAAGAUAAUAAUGCAUCAAAUGAAAAUUCAGAACUUACAAUUCAUCAAAAAAUUAAAAAUUCUUCCGGAUCUCAUUUUAAUAAGCAGAACAGUAGGGGAGAUGAUACAUAUGCUAAUGAAAAUGCCACUGAUUAUGUUAAUAAUAUUAACAAUUCCGCAAACAAUUAUUCCUCGCGUUAUAAUGAAAGAUACAUUGAACCGCAAGAUGAGCCGGAACAAAAAAAAAGAAAAAAAAGAGUUACGGAAGAAGGAUCCAAAGAAAGUAGUAAAAUAAAUGUCGGAAAUAAUUAUCAAGUGCCCAAAUUACCAAACUUCUUUUUAUGUCGCUCAGAAUUGAUGUAUAAAAAUUAUGAGACAAAUGAAGAAUCAAAUGAUCAGUUUUGCCUGUCCUGUUCAGGUUUACCUUGUCACUGUCGAGUUGGGGAAGCUACAUUAGUAUAUUCUCCUCUAAUGCUAGAAAGAGUAAGAGAGAAAUGUAUGAAGAACAGAGGUUAUCACAAAUGUGUAAAGAAUGAAAUUGAAUUAUCAGCAUAUGUACAGGAGUGUGCAAAAAGUUGGAAAUCAAACAUAGAUGAAUGGGUACCAUUUUCACCUGAAUAUGCAUAUAAAUUAUUACAUUAUGCAAAUUAUGAUCCAUAUAAAGCUAUAAGUAUUAUGAAAUCAUCCGAAUUUUCUUUUCGAAAAAUUAUGGAUCCACCUACUAGAAAAUAUCAAAAUAAAUGGAAACCCAAAGACAAAAGGGAGCAUAUUUCGAAAAACCCAUUCCCAUCUCCAUUAACCAUAAGGACAUAUCUGUCCAAAAGACAUCAUAACAGUGGUUAUCAUUUAAGAUAA